GUUUAUUAAUUAUUUUGCAAAAAUGGAUUAAAAACUAUAAACAUCUGGACCAUUAAGUGAGUAGUAGGUUUCAACUCUAUUUUAUUUUUUGGAUAAGGAAAAAAGAAAAAUUAUUAAAAAUGAUAAAAAUAAAAGUGAGAAUUCCCAUAUUAGAACAUUAACCUGGUAUGGUAUGAAAGAUAGUAAACUUGAAAUAAUGGUAGGUGAGAAAUAGGCAGAAUCACUUGAAGAAUGGCUAAAAAAUCAAAGGUCAAUUAAUUAUUGGGAUAUCCUAUCUUAAUUACUUCAAGGAAUAUAUUAGAUUCACAAAUUAGGUUUUAUUGGAAGAUGCAUCAGAUGGGAAGAUAUUAGAGUUGUUCAAGGUAUUUUAAUCUACAAAAAUUUUGGAUAUUGUGAUAGGUUGGUUAAAGCUCCUGAAAAUGUUUAUUUGAAAUUUUCAACUUUUGAAACAGAUUUAUGGUUGGUUGGUGCAAUUAUGUGGAAGAUAGUAUCUAAGAAAAAUAUUUAUGAUGAAAAUCAAGGUAUAGAUCCUAAAAAUAUUAAUUUAACUUUUAAUUUUAAUGUUAAUGAUUCUGGUUUAGAUCCUGAAUUAUAUGAAUUACUAAAAUAGAUGUUAUAGAUAUAUUAAAUUUAGAGAAUUCCAUUGCCUUAAAUCUUCCAGCAUAAAAAACUUAAUUUGACUAUUGAAUAAAAAUAAGUCAUGAGUGAAUUUUACAAAAAUUUUUAAUUAAAACAUUUACUUUCCUAAAGAAAGAACUAAUUUAAAAGGAAUUAUUUAAUAUAUAUUUAAGAUAUAAAGCCUUUGCAGUUAUUCUUUUAUUACUUAGAGGAAUGUUCAAUUUUAAAAUAUUUUUAUUAGACAUAUCUUGAAAUUCAAUUACUCAAUCUUGCUUAUCAUAUAUCAUUUUAUUUCCCAAAUUAAAAUCAAAAUAUUUUAAAUGAAAUAAACACAUUAAUAAUUAAAAAGAUUGUUAUAUUAUCCUCUAAUUUAAAGCAAUAAAUAUUAUUCCCAUAAUUACCAAUCUAAUUUAGAGGUUAAGAGGAAAAAUUUAUUAAUGAUCCUUAUUAUAAAUAACUUAAACAAAAAAUUGUUGAAUAGUAAAAUAAACUUGAUAAGAUCAAUGAUUAAAUGUCUUAAAAUAAUGAAUUUUUAACUAUUUAAGAUAUCAAUUCUAAAUUUAAUUCUUAUACUAUUGAUGGAAUUUAAUCAAUAAUGAGUAUACUUUUAGUGAAUAUAUUAAAAAAAAGCUUCAUUAAUCAAAAAGACUUUUUAUUCAUUAAAUCUAUGACUUUAGAAGAAAUGUUUGAAUAUGAAGUUAAGGAAAGACUUAUAUGA